GUACUUCCGGUUUCGAUAGCGCUGUCCUGAUAGCUGCGCGCGGCUAACCGCUCGCGUGCUUCUCGUGUCAAAGUCACAGCAGGAGGUCUCGGUUACUCUGAUGGCGGCUUCCCCCAAAAGGAGCCGGGGCUCGGUCUCGUGCCGCUAACGGCCCCCGAGGCGUGACGGUGUUCUGGGCUGAGAUAGAGCCGGAAUGCCCCGAGGACUACAACUGGACUACAGAGGACUACAAAGAUGGAGGAGAAGGCGUUAGAAGUCUACGACGUGAUCCGGUCCAUCCGGGACCCGGAGAAGCCCAACACCCUGGAGGAGCUGGACGUGGUGACGGAGAAAUGUGUGGAGGUCCGGGAGCUCGGGGAGGACGAGUACCUCAUCGUCAUCAAGUUCUCCCCCACCGUGCCUCACUGCUCGCUGGCCACUCUGAUCGGCCUCUGCUUACAAGUGAAGCUGCAGCGCUGCUUGCCCUUCAAACACAAGCUGGAAAUCUAUAUUUCAGAAGGAACUCAUUCGACUGAAGAAGAUAUCAACAAGCAGAUCAACGAUAAGGAGCGCGUGGCGGCCGCCAUGGAGAACCCCAACCUGAGGGAGAUCGUGGAGCAGUGCGUCAUCGAGCCCGACGACUGACGGAGGAAGCUCCGCCCACCCGGAGGUUUUAUUCUGGACCAUGAACACUGAGCGGUGAAUGGAAGUCGGGAUGGAUGCUGACGAGCAGAUCCCAACACAGUCUCACGUCUAUUUGUCUGAUUGAUGAAUAGUUUGAUGAACACCUUUUUUUUUUUUUGUCAACCGAAAUCUUUUUUUCAGUGAAAUCUAAUGAUCUUAGUUUACUCUGGUUCUAAAAAAUAAAGUCUAUGUUUAAUGUGUUAAA